AUGGGUGACCGAUCUUCUGUCUCGAGCUUGUCCCAUCCAUCCUACGCCUCCGAUGAGCAGGAAUCCGCCUAUCUCGCCCGGGCGCGUGCUCUGCACUGGAUCCGCUUCAGCAUCGCAUUGAUCAUUCUUGGUGCUGCUACCGCCGUGGUUGGCUGUGAGGGCGCCCCUCUCCACCACUACAAGGACACUGUUUCAUUCGAGAAGCUAUGGCUUCCCCUGUGGCCGCUGAACUUGGACGUGCGCCAGACCAACGCGCUCCUGGCGUGCGGUGUCGUGAUCAUGUUUCAGGCGCUGAUCUACAUUGUUGUCGCUCUCAUACCCUCGCCUCAUCCGCGAACGCGACUGCUCAACUUCAUUGCCUCUACGAUUGCAGUCGCCGGCUUGGUCACUGCCAUUGUGGGCAUCGCCUUCUCCGUCUACCUCCCGUCGGCUACCUACCCGACUGGAUUUACCAGUGGCGAAACAAUCCAUUCCUGGACUUGCAAGUGGCAGUCACUGCAAGGGAUCAACGCCACCACUGUGGACGGCCAGGCUCUGACUGCCCCGGCGGGCUUCUCCCGCGAUUGCGUCGAGACUCGUGCAGGGUUUAUCCUGCUGGGCCUGCUCAUCGGUCUCGAAGUCCUCAUGGGUGCUGCUGCCGCAGCUGGGUGGUUGCUUGAGCAAAGCGUUACCAGACAGCGCAAAGUUGGAGGCGUCGAGUUGGCUCAAGUCGAGGUGACUGUCAAGAAGCCAUGA